GCCAGAAGCGGGGUCACCAUGGCAUCCCCGUCGUCCUACCAGGUGGAGGAGGACGAGAGUCUGAAGGGGUGUGAGCUCUACGUUCAGAAGCAUGGCGUUCAGCAGGUCCUCAAGGACUGCAUUGUGCACCUGUGCAUCUCCAAGCCCGACAGGCCCAUGAAGUUCCUGCGGGAGCACUUCGAGAAGCUGGAGAAGGAAGAGAACAGACAGAUUCUGACACAGCAGAAGUCAGACUCACAUGAUGAGGAGAUCUCCCCGACCCCACCGAACCCCGUGGUGAAAGCCCGCCGCCGCCGAGGGGGCGUGAGUGCCGAGGUGUACACGGAGGAGGAUGCCGUGUCCUACGUGAGGAAGGUCAUCCCGAAGGACUAUAAGACCAUGACGGCUUUGGCCAAAGCCAUCUCCAAAAAUGUGCUGUUUGCCCACCUGGACGACAACGAGAGAAGUGACAUCUUCGACGCCAUGUUCCCUGUCAUGCACAUCGCCGGGGAGACCGUCAUACAGCAAGGGGACGAAGGAGAUAACUUCUAUGUGAUCGACCAAGGAGAAGUAGAUGUGUAUGUGAACGGAGAGUGGGUGACCAGCAUCAGUGAAGGGGGCAGCUUUGGGGAGCUGGCACUCAUCUAUGGCACCCCCAGGGCGGCGACCGUGAAAGCCAAGACAGACCUCAAGCUCUGGGGCAUCGACCGGGAUAGCUAUCGGCGCAUCCUCAUGGGCAGCACACUGAGAAAGCGCAAGAUGUAUGAGGAGUUUCUCAGCAAGGUCUCCAUCCUGGAGUCCCUGGAGAAAUGGGAGCGCCUGACCGUGGCGGACGCCCUGGAGCCCGCGCAGUUUGAGGACGGAGAGAAGAUCGUGGUCCAGGGGGAGCCUGGGGAUGACUUCUUCAUCAUCACGGAGGGCACGGCCUCCGUCCUCCAGCGCCGGUCCCCAAACGAGGAGUACGUGGAGGUGGGGCGCCUGGGGCCCUCUGACUACUUCGGGGAGAUCGCGCUGCUGCUGAACCGGCCCCGGGCGGCCACCGUAGUGGCCCGGGGGCCCCUCAAGUGCGUCAAGCUGGACCGGCCCCGCUUCGAGCGUGUGCUGGGCCCCUGCUCCGAGAUCCUCAAGAGGAACAUCCAGCGUUACAACAGCUUCAUCUCCCUCACCGUCUGAGCCCUGCAGCCCUGCGGCCCCGCUUCCGUGUG